CACUUCUCUCUUUCGCCUGGUGAACAUCAUGUUUGCAUGUGUGUUUGCCACCAGAACGGUGAAUAUGUGUGCUGAUUUAUGCGUAAUUUUCUUUCGAUUCUCUCUCACUCGCUGUGUGUACACAACGACAAUUUAUAUUUUUAAAUGGUCGCUUCGCUCAUUUUUUUCCCCUCGGUAUCAUUCGCCACAUCUCAUUCUCUCUCUCUCUCUGUCUCACGCCCGUUUGUUCUGGGCGAACAGCAAAAAAAGCCAUCCGCUUCUUUGUUUCGAGAAUAGAAUCAAUUUUUGUGGUUUUACUUCGAUUCACUGAAAAUUUGGCGAAAUUUUUUCUAUUUCAAAGUCUCAAAGGGACAAAAAAAGCCAAUCAAUUCCAAGAUCUAUGAUGUGUUUGAUGUAACACUAAUUUAUUGGCUUUUUAUUAGCAUUAUCGCUCUUGUUCUUAUUGUUUAGAACGUUCACACAAAUUGCUUCAUUUUUAAAUGUGUGUGUGUGUAUGUGUUUCACUCAUUUUUGCCAUCAAUAUUUUGUGUGAAAAAAAAUUUCGCUUGUAUUGUACCACAGAUGCUUCAUUGUGGAGCGGCACUAUUGUUUGAUUAUUCAUAUGGAUUGGUGAUGAUUCGAUAUUGGCUCAUUUAAUUUCCUCGAGCGCAAUUUCAACGCACACAUAAACCAUGCACAUACACACACACACACAACACACAACGAAUGCACGCAUGACCAACGAAUGAAUCACACAUAUUCAAUCGGGCCGUUUCGAUCCAUCCAGCCCAUUCAAAGUGUAUUCUUUGGAUAAAUGUGUAAUUCUAGCAAAUACCAUAUGCUUCCAUUUCCGAUAAAAUGAUAAAAACUCUGUACUUGGCUAUUCCGCACAUAUGACUAAACAAUCUAAUACACUCGAUUGAAAUCUAGUACUGACAAUUUCUGAAAUGCACUCACUUUGAGGCGAUUCGCAAUUCAGUUGAUGUGAUUUUCGCUAUCGUUUCAUUCGCUUACAUUUGAUUAUUUAAUUGGAUUCGAUGAUGGGCCACACACGAUGAUCAUCUUGAUUAUACCAUAUAAAUAUUCUGCUUUGAUUUGAUAUCAAGGAUUUGCAUUGAGAUUUUGAAAGAAAAAUCGUUUUUUUUUUCUCACAAAAAAUGAAAUUUCUACAGGAAAUUUUAAGAAAAAAGCAAAAUUAGCAUCAAAAUUGAACUUUUUCUUAACCAAUUCUAAGAAUAAAACCGGUUUCUUUGUCAUUUUUUAGCUACUUUGAUUUGUUUGUAUGAAUUAUUGCCAUAAAAAUGAAAUUAAAACGUGAACAAUUAAUUUGAAAUGAAAGUUUUCGGCAAAUCAGGAGGAAAAAAAGGAAACUAAAAUUUUCAAAGGGAAAAAAUUGCAAAUAAAAAUAUAAUUUCUUAAUUUUGUCAAAUGAAAAUUUAAAAAAAAACCCUCUAAAUAAAUGCAAAAUGUGAUAAUCCAUUCAAAUCAUCACCACUGUAGAACAGCAAUGCAACGGCGGCAAUCGAUUCAAAUCGCCGCGUCGAUAAUGCAAAUUGUUGAUGAAUUUUAGUACGGGAAGAAAGUGAGCUGAGGUUCAGUUGUUUGCCGCUGCGCCGGAUCACAUUCGUUUCACCUCAAACGCCAUCCUACAAAUGAACUGUCAUUCGGAAUUUAAGCGACAGAGAAACACAAACAUUAGUUAGAAAACCGAAACAGAAACUAAAGACACAGACAUAAAAACGACACAAAAAUGGAUUUUAUCAUAGCAAAUGUUGAACAUUUAGAAUUCAAAAUAGAACGCGAUUUGAACGAACAGUAUGGAUCGUUGCCGCUUCCAUUCGCCGGCAUGGACAAAUCGACGGCGGCGGUAUGUCAAUUUUUCAACAGUACCGAUGGAUCGGAGUGUCAACAGGGAGCGUCGUGUCCAUUCCGUCACAUUCGCGGCGAUCGAACGAUUGUAUGCAAGCAUUGGCUGCGUGGUCUGUGUAAAAAGGGUGAUCAAUGUGAAUUUUUGCACGAGUACGACAUGACCAAAAUGCCUGAGUGUUACUUUUAUUCACGUUUCAAUGCGUGCCACAACAAAGAGUGUCCCUUUCUGCACAUUGAUCCCGAGAGUAAAAUCAAAGAUUGCCCGUGGUAUGAUCGUGGUUUCUGUCGGCAUGGACCAAACUGUCGCCAUCGUCACAUACGGCGUGUGCUGUGCACCAAUUAUUUGGCCGGCUUCUGUCCGGACGGUACAACAUGUAAAUAUAUGCAUCCACGUUUCGAACUACCGCCAGUGCCCGAGAUAACGAAAGAUCAGCAGCAAAAACGCGCUCCAACCUGCCAUUUCUGCGGCGAAGUGGGCCACAAAGCAUCAUAUUGCCAGAAAAUGCCGCCCGAGCAAAGGGAAGCAUCGAUGCGUCAAGAGGAAGCCAAAUAUCGGUCGUUGGGUUAUAUCAAACAAAAUAUGGAUGGUGACAACAAUGAUCCACAUCAACAGCAACAACAGCCACCGCCACGUGGUCCACCGCGACCCCUCGAAGAGAUUACGUGCUAUAAAUGCGGUACAAAAGGCCAUUACGCCAAUAAAUGUCCAAAGGGUCAUCUGGCUUUCUUAUCGUCAAACCAUCACUUAGUCAAUAAGCAACAGCAACAACAAAAAGAUAUGCAAAAUCAAUCACAAAAAUCACCGUGAAACAACACACGGCCAAACAUCCAAUCCAGAGCCUUUCAACCAAUCUUUCUUUUGUGCAGACUUUUUUUUUAUUUUAAUUUCUUUUCCUGUUUUAAUCGCACGGCUAAUGAGAGAGAGAGAGAGAGAGAGAGAGAGAGAGAGAGAGAGAGAGCGAAACGGUCCGAUUUUGUACGAAAAUUGAAUAGACGGUGGCUUUUGGGCCGCUGCAGUGAUGAUACAAAGGACAUGUUUGCUUUUCUGUUGGAAUAGUGCGAUUUCGAUUGUAAGUAACAGUAUGUAACAUAUAUUACAGAAAAGAAAACAUUCAAUAAAAUGUAAUGUUAGAGCAACGA